GUGACGUCACACCACUUCCUGUCUCCACCCGUGAGCAGCCAUGAUGCAGGAAGGGCUGGACGACGGGCCCGACUUCCUUUCCGAAGAGGACCGGGGGCCCCGGGCGGUGAACGUGGACCUGCAGACAGACGCCACGCUGCAGGUCGACAUCUCCGACGCCCUGAGCGAGAGAGACAAGGUCAAGUUCACCGUGCACACCAAGAGCACGCUCCCUAACUUUAAGCAGAGUGAGUUCUCUGUGGUUCGGCAGCAUGAGGAGUUCAUUUGGCUGCACGACUCCUUCGUGGAGAACGAGGACUACGCCGGCUACAUCAUCCCGCCCGCCCCGCCCAGGCCGGACUUCGACGCGUCCCGAGAGAAGCUGCAGAAGCUGGGGGAGGGGGAGGGCUCCAUGACCAAGGAGGAGUUCACCAAGAUGAAGCAGGAACUGGAGGCGGAGUACCUGGCCAUCUUUAAGAAGACCGUUGCGAUGCAUGAGGUGUUCCUGUGUCGUGUGGCGGCUCAUCCCGUCCUGAGGAAAGACCUCAACUUCCACGUCUUCCUGGAGUACAACCAGGACCUGAGCGUCCGGGGGAAGAACAAGAAGGAGAAGCUGGAGGAUUUCUUCAAGAACGUGGUCAAGUCGGCCGACGGCGUCCUGGUGGCCGGGGUCAAGGACGUGGAUGAUUUCUUCGAGCACGAGAAAACGUUCCUGCUGGAAUAUCACAACCGAGUGAAGGACGCCUCGGCCAAGUCGGACAGGAUGAUCCGCUCGCACAAGAAUGCUGCAGAUGACAUCAACAGAAUCGCCUCGUCUCUCUACACGUUAGGAACGCAGGACUCCACAGACAUCUGCAAGUUCUUCCUGAAGGUGUCGGAGCUGUUUGAGAAGACGAGGAAAAUCGAGGCUCGAGUGGCAGCAGAUGAAGACCUGAAGCUGGCCGACCUGCUCAAGUAUUACCUCCGCGAGUCACAAGCCGCCAAGGACCUGCUGUACCGGAGGGGCCGGGCUCUGGUGGACUACGAGAACGCCAACAAAGCUCUGGACAAAGCUCGGGCCAAGAACCGGGACGUCCUGCAGGCCGAGACCAGCCAGCAGCUCUGCUGCCACAAGUUUGAGAAGAUCUCUGAGUCUGCCAAGCAAGAGCUCAUAGACUUCAAGACGAGACGAGUCGCAGCCUUCAGGAAGAACCUGGUGGAGCUGGCCGAGCUGGAGCUCAAACACGCCAAGGGGAACCUCCAGCUGCUGCAGAGCUGUCUGAGUGUCCUGAAAGGAGACACUUAACCGUCCGGCCCUACCCGCAUCCAGCUGGACACGCCCCCUUUGCCACGGCCCCGCCCAAAUCCAGCUGGCCCCGCCCCCCUCGCUGCGGCGCCCGGACGGACAGACGGCACCGAGAACCAUGGAACAACAGAUGAAGACAUUCUGGGAGCAGAGGGUUGAAUUUUAUUAAAGCAAGUCUGUAGUCAUCAUCACUACUGAGACCCCCCGACCCCGACCCCCCCCACCCCACCCCACCCCACCUUGUUACCCCCCCCUCCUCCUCCGCCACCUGUGGAAAUCCCACUGUGGCUGUGCAGCCAAUCACACUACAUCAUCUACAACCUGAUCUACACCCAGUACACCAUACUGGUCCUACUGGUACCAUCAGCACUGCAGUGCUACCAUCAGUACUGUAGUACUGCGGCACCCUUGGUAUUGUAGUACUACCACCAGUACUAUAGUACUACAACACCAUAACCCCUAUAGUACUAUCAUUGGUACUGUAGUACUACAGUCAGUACUGUAGUACUACAGUUCCACACUGGUGCAGUACCAGAGCUACAGCACUAUACUGGUCCUACAGGUACAGUACCAGUAUUAAAGUACCAGUAAACACAGUACCGUACUAAUACUGCUGUUACUGCACAGUACUGCAGCCGCGGUACUACAGUACUGCAGCCGCGGUACUACAGUACUGUACAGUACUGCAGCCGCGGUACUACAGUACUGCACAGUACUGCAGCCGCGGUACUACAGUACUGCACAGUAGUGUACUUGUUCUGCUGGUACUGGACGUCCAGGUGAGUCUGGAUCCAUGGAACUGAAUCCAGUCCGGUGGAUCCGGUCUAGCCUGAGUCAGACUGGGUGAAUCCACUGGACUGGAUCCAGAUCAGACCGGAUCCAGCAGGUCUGAUGGAUCCUGGUCCAGCUCUGGUCCAGAUGCUGUAGUGUGUGUGUGUGUGUGUGUGUGUGUGUGUGUGUGUGUGUGUGUGUGUGUGUGUGUGUGUGGUUCACGCCCUCACCUGUCCGUCUGUCGUCGUCUUCUGUUUCUGAUUCUGUUGGAUUUGUUUUGUUGUGUUUGUGACGGGCGUUUAGUGUUGGUUAACUUCCUGUUACCAUGAUUAAAGUGUAUUGUCACUAAAACAGCCUUGUACAUGUUUGUAUUAGUUAUUAAUGAACCGCUAAUCAUCAUCAUCAUCAUCAUCAUCAUCAUCAUCAUCAUCUCUCACAAAGACUAAGCUGUUUUCUUUCUUUUUCUGAAUCGUUUGUCAUUCCAGACACUUCUGCUUCAGUAUGUUUGCCUUAAUGUAGAUCGCUCCUGUCAGAUAUUGUAAAGAGAAAAACCACAAAUGGAGACAUGAAUUUGUUUUUUUUUUUCUUUCCCAUUUUUUAAAAGUGCACUGUAUAUGAAUGUUUUUUCACUCUUAUGUGACCAAAGCUUCCAUUGAUCCAGAUGGAGACGUGCUGAUGAGAAUAAAAACCAGAUGAUUAUGAACUUCACAUUUUGUCAUCGUUCAGACGGUUUCAGGCGGGUUGGCGAGGCGGCGACGCCAUGUCUGUACUCAUACUGACGCUCAAUAAAAACCAAUGGACACUUUCUUAA